AUGGCUACCUCUCCGAAUGCUACUGACCCAUCCUCGAGCAAUCCGCUGAGUGCGUUGCCCAAGAUACCUGCCUUGGACAACAGUUAUGGUGCGAUGCUUUUGGGUACCUCCCUCGGGCUCAUGCUGUACGGACUCACCCUCCACCAGACCUACAGGUAUUUUCGGCUCUACCCUCGGGACCUUAAGUUGUUUAAAAUAUUCGUCCUAGCGAUAGUAACGAUGGAGACGGUUCAUACUAUCAUAUGGAUGGUAGCGUGUUAUCACUUCCUGAUAACGGACUACUUCAACCCCGCAAGUAUACUCACCGGGCACUGGUCUGUCAAAAUCAAUGUCGCAGUCACAGGAGCGUCAAACCUCAUAUGCCAAAGUUUCUAUGCCCGGCGUGUCUUCCUUCUUGGCCCGAAGAGCCGCUGGGUUGUCGCCGUUGCUGGAGUGUCCAUGGUCGCUUGUCUAGGUUUCGACAUUGGCGCGAGCGUCGAGGCAUUCAAACUGAGCUUGUCCGAUUUCCCGCGGUUCAGCUGGCUCGUAUCCGGGGCGUAUGGUUGCGCAGUAGCGACUGAUGUGCUCUUGACGGGAGCCCUCAUUCGUGUUCUGCUGCACAGUCGCACCGGUUUCAAGCGCACCGACUCCACGCUGGACACACUUAUCGUAUACUCAAUCAACACUGGUCUCCUAACCAGGCAAGCAAUAAUUCUUUGGCACGUCCUGGACGAGAGUGCACGCCUCCGAACUGGUGUACCUUGGCGGCCUGACAUUGCUCUUGAGGCGCUCAUUUUGCCAGGCAACUACAUAUACGCGGGGAUCAGCAUCGUCAAUGCCAAACUAUACGCAAACUCUGUACUUGCUGUAUUAAACUCACGGCGCUCUUUGGCUUCGAGCAAGCGGGUGGUAGACGAUUUCGAAAUGUACCCGACCUCAGGAUCCCAGUCGAGCCGCACACAGCGGUCGCACAACGGCGCCGUGGAUACGUGGAAUGGACCUCAGGUCUCGGUAUCUCUUCACCCUGCUAUGGCCGCCGUCAAGGUACCUGCACCACACGAUCGAGGUCAUGUCCUGGUCCUCGGCCGAGAGGAGAAGGAUGGACGCGGAGGAGACCUGAUGGCGGCAUCGUCGGUGGUAUAG